GCACAGACACACGCGCGCGCGCAAACAGCAAUUCAGCACAGCUGCAGUUAAGAGUGAGCAGCAGGAGCUCAGAGGAGGAGUUAAACUACAGGAGGAGAAACAGAGUCUCUUUACACUCGUUUAUUAAACAAUAGAGAAGAGAAAGAAUAGUAAAACUCCUGUGUAAGGAUCUGACCUGCUUCAGGAGCUUCAUUCAUCUGCUGGGGAUGGAUUAUAAUGGGGAUGUAUUGCAGUGAAGCUUGAGCAGUUUCACAGCGCUAACCAUGGUGGUGUUAUCGGACAACAGGCUGGGAUCCCCCACAAACCAGCCUGCCAGACCACUUCAGGUUGGCUUCUAUGAGAUCAUGCGGACACUGGGGAAGGGAAACUUUGCUGUGGUGAAACUGGCCAGACACAAAGUCACUAAAACACAGGUCGCCAUUAAGAUCAUCGAUAAAACCCGCUUGGAUGCUGCCGAUUUGGAGAAGCUCAACAGAGAGGUUCAAAUUAUGAAGCUUCUGAGCCACCCGCACAUCAUCAAACUCUACCAGGUUAUGGAAACCAAAAACAUGCUGUAUAUUGUAACAGAGUAUGCAAAGAAUGGGGAGAUGUUUGAUUAUCUUGCUUCCAACGGACGUCUGAGUGAGGGAGAAGCUCGUAGAACAUUCUGGCAAAUCCUCACAGCAGUGGAGUACUGCCACAGGCACCGCAUUGUGCAUCGAGACCUUAAAGCUGAAAACCUGCUGCUGGAUGAGAACAUGAACAUCAAACUGGCAGACUUUGGUUUUGGAAACUUCUAUGUACCUGGUGAACUUCUGUCUACCUGGUGUGGAAGUCCUCCGUAUGCUGCCCCGGAGGUCUUUGAGGGGAAGGAGUAUGAGGGACCACAGCUGGAUAUCUGGAGUCUGGGAGUGGUUCUGUAUGUGCUGGUGUGUGGCUCUUUGCCGUUUGACGGUGCUACACUUCCUAUCCUGAAACAACGUGUCACAGAAGGACGCUUCAGAGUGCCCUACUUCAUGUCACAGGAGUGUGAAAACCUGAUUCGAAGGAUGUUGGCAGUGGACCCAGCCAAGCGCAUCAGUGUGGCCCAGAUAAAGCAGCACCGCUGGAUGCAGGCUGACCCUACAGCUGCCUGCCAACCCUCCUUUGACCCUCACUGUCCAGAUGGCCUCCUCCAGACGGAGAGCUACAGUGAGCCAGUCCUUAGUCUAAUGCAGGCUCUGGGCAUCGACAAGCAGCGGACGAUAGAAUCUUUACAGAAUGGCAGCUACAACCACUUCUCUGCCAUCUACUGGCUCCUGAUGGAGAGAUUGGCCGAGCACAAGAACCAGCAGCAAACCAGACAGAGUCAAGAGUGGUCUAAAGAACCUGCUUACACCCUUCCAGGCACAGAAUUUUUGGGAGAGGUAGAGCCAAAGCUUUUGCAGUACAGAAAAUCCCCCUGCCCCAACAACCUGCUGGACACUAGGAUUAGCGAGAAGGCGUCAACUAAAGACUCUGUGGCAGCGGAACAGGAAUUGCCUCUCAAUCUCACCACCGGUGGGAGCACAGUACGCAGACAUACUGUCUCAGAAGUCUCAUCUUCUAAACACUCAUGCCAUCCACCAAGUAUUAUUGUAGAUCUAGUGGACGAUGGCGUCUCAGAUGGCAGCCUCAGACUCUGCUCAUCCUCCAGUGCCUUCAGCUCCCCUCUUGAUUCUCCUGGGGACUUUUCAGGGCCAGGUACAGAUCCCUACGUCCACCAGGUCCAGGGACUCCACCCAUUUUCACAGAAUUCAGCAAGAUGUCCCUUCACUCACUCGUCUGUCGAAAGGUUCCAGAACGACCUGCAGGUUCCCAGCUUCCAGGAGGGUAGAAGAGCCUCAGACACGUCUCUGAAACAUGGUCUUAGUGCUUUCCACCAGCAGCUGAGGAAGGACGUUCACACGAAAGGCCAGGCAGACUUAAACAAAGUCAAGCGACCUCUGCAGCCUAUAUGGGUUCCAGUACACAGCCUUCAGGACACUGUUUCUGUAGUGUCACCAGGCCAUCCAACACACACUCACUCAUGGGGACGUCUUCACACCCAGACAGAGAUCAUCCACGAGCAUCAGAGAAUGCCCCACCUUCAUCUUCCUCAGCAUUGCCAUCAACAACUGCUUCAGGUGCCCUCUCCUCAUCCACAUCCCUCUGCAGCUAUCCCUCAGCAGAACACCUGGCACUCCACAGUACCUCCAUUUGUGGGCUUUGGGAAUAUUCUUACUCCUUCUAUAACACCUCCUGAACACCAGGGGCUCCACCACAACUCACCAUACCACCCUCAGCCUCCCCUCGGUCUGCUCUGCCCUCAACAAGGACCACCCCCUCAACCCUCUUCCUAUCCAGCAGACCUGGCACCAUCUUGGUGCUCAUUUGCUAGCUCUUCAUCUUCAAACAUGGUGGACUCUGCUGCUUUGCUGCUGGAGACCCACCUGCAGAUAAGCCCAAGUCCGAGCCUAAGCCCGCAGCCUCAGGUUUGACUUCAGCCUUGAGUUGAGAUGGAGGGAGGUUACAAAUGUGGAAAGCUACUUUAGACGAGGUAAUUUGGAGAAACAUUGGUUUACACCAUUCUUAACUUACCUAAAACGUAAAAGACCCUUUGGCUUUCCACCUUCUUCAGUUUUGCAGUGGAGCUGCAAAACUAUUGGAGCAAAUUAGGUAUUGAAGCUACAAAAUUGCAGAAUUGACAGAUUUCAGCCAUCAAGAAGGCUCCUACUGCUGGUUUUAGCUAUGCAGCUCUACCCUAAGUCAGAAGUUGAGUUGAGGCUGUAAAGAAAAUGCAACAAAUGUAUGUAAAUGCAGAGAGUAUAACUCUAACACAUCUGUCAGUGGUGUACAGGGCAUAAAAUUGUUACACAACUCAUGAAAUUGUGAGGUGUUUCGGAGGCAUCUGGGGUAGAUAAACGAAUCAGUAUUAAAAAUGUUUUUCAGAAAAAUUUAUGCUCUGAGCUCUAGACCAAAGAUAAAAAAGAAUCGUAUGCUGUUUUUAGCAACAAGUCCAGAAAAGAACAUUGAGACCUUAGACCAACAUAUGCAACACCUUCAAAAAGACAUCUGUUCCAGGGAUGUCCCCAUGCAUUUUUCAACAAGACAAUGCAAAACCACAUGCUGCAUACAUUGCAAAAGCAUGGCUGUGAAGAAGAAGAAGAAGAAGAAGAGAAAGAGGAGGGUACAAGUAUUGGACUGGUCUGCCUUUUAUAUGUUAUAAAAAUGGAUGGCAGGUGGUAAAUGCUUUACCAUCACAACUUUUUUAGAAUGUGUUGCAAGCCUAAAAUGCAUGAUUUAAUGUUUAUUAACAAUUUUUUUUUUUUAAGUUUACCAGACAAAGCAUGAAAUAGCUUCGGCACAUACUGUCUGCAAUUAAGGUUGUAAAUAACAUUGUCAUGAAACCACAUAAGUAUACCAACUGAGUGAUGAUUUAUGAUUUAUGAACAGAAUAUACGUUUUAUUUCUUUGCCAAAUUGUCAUUGUACAAAGCCAUUCUUAGAGUAGUGUGGCACUAAAAUACUGCACUCCACAGACGAUCACAAAGGUUAAACCACAACAAUGAUGGACACUCACUUGCGUUUUGGAGCAAACUUUGAACAGUUCAGAUCUCUGCAGAAGAAACAUCUGCUUUAAAGGGCCCUGGCUCAGCAUCUGCCACAGUACGGAUAAGUUGGUCAGAAACAUUUGAAAGCCUCUGAAAUGUAUUCAGUGACGAUCAUUGAACUCAGUAUGUCUUCCAUAAUUAUUUUUUAUUUAUUUUUCUACAGGUAUUGUUGCAUAUUUAGUUUUCUGCAUGGUGAUGUUGAAUAAAUACCAGUAAUACUUAUGAGUAAUAAUAGUAAUAAAGUGGGAGAUUAAUUUUUAGCAUUUUUUUGACAUUUCUUUAUUCAUGAAAGAGUAUUAAGUAUUUUAUUUUGUUCUUCUAUUCUAUUGUUGUGGCUGACCGAAGAUGUUAGUAUUGCUCUUAUAAUAAUAAUAUAAAAGUAUUGAGUUGAA